UGGCGGGAGGUUCGAGCCGUCCGGCGGCCGCAACAUGGCGGCGACAGAGGAGGAGCUGGAGCUGGAGCUGGAGGCGGAUUCCCUCACCGAGGAGGAUGAGGAGGAGGAGAUCCUCACCCCGGCACAGCUCAUCCACAAACUGGAGGAGGCUUGGCUGAAUGAGAAGUUUUCUCCCGACCUUCUGGAAUGUAAAUCUGAAAUAGUCGAAUGUGUCAUGGAACAGCUGGAUCAUAUGGAAAAGAACUUGCAGCGGGCCAAGAAAGGAGACCUGAAAAUCACCGUUCACAGGAUGGAAAUGGAGAGGAUUCGUUACAUCCUCAGCAGCUAUUUAAGGUCCCGGUUAAGAAAGAUAGAGAAGUUUUUCCCUCACAUUCUGGAGAAGGAGAGGUCCCGUCCGGAGACAGAGUCUUCGUUUUUAUCUCCACAAGAGGUUGCUUUUGCGAAAGAGUACGCAUCAAACUGUGAAUCUCACCUGAAGAACCUGGCCCUGAAAAGCAUGCCUCCCAAUCUGCAAGCAUUGGACGUGAUAAAGGCUGUUGCCAAGCCCAACCUGGAUUCGUUUGUGUUUCUGCGAGUCAAGGAGAAGCAGGAGAACGUGCUGGUGGAGCCGGAGACAGGCGAUCAGAGAGAGUACACAGUUGAUCUGGAGGAAGGGUCGCAACACUUGAUGCGUUACAGGACGAUCGCACCUUUGGUGGCCAGCGGCGCAGUGCAGCUCAUAUAACCGGCAACAUGCGGAGGCCUGUCUCCCCAGUG